CGUGACUCGUUCAUCAUUCACGUGGGAUCACGCGUGAAACGAGGUCCAGUUCCGGUGCCCAGUGUUGUGAAGUGCACUUUUAACCACGUCAUCACGUGGUCCAGUGCGUCAUCACGGAUGACCGGAAGGUGGGACGUGGAUCAGGUGUGAAAGCGCGGGAAAACACUCAUAUAUGCCGUGGGGUGCACUGAGCUCGUCUAUCCGCUAGGAUGCUCUCCAUCUCUUAGUGUACAGAGAUGUGCUGCAUCUCCUCCUCCUCUUCACCCUCCUCCUCCUCCCUGACCAAACCUGCGCUCCAACACUCUCUCUCUCUCUCUCUCUCUCUCUCUCUCUCUCUCUCUCACACACACACACACACACACACACACAGCAGGGUGUUCCAGCAAGAGGAAGCAUCUUCCCGGUGUUUUUGAUCUCCUCUGUCUGGGGGCUGUUACACCUUUACAUGAGGAUGCACCGGAUUUGCGCGCGCUUCACCUGAUCAUCAGGAAAUGCCCUGGGCGACCCCACUGCCUCAGCGUUAACCUCCUGACUCGAGUCUGAAAAGGUCCCCGUAACAGUAACGUGUUUAAACAGUGUUCGGAUGCUGCUGGGGGUCAGGAGGAAACAGCAGACACGAACACCAUCCAUGCUCCACCAACAUUGCGAGUGCCAUGACAGGAUAACGGAGGCGUGGUUAAGGGUGGGAGUAGCUCUAGAGGGGUGUGGUCACUGGGAGAGUAGGCGGAGCUCCUAAAGGCACGGUCUGAAAGCCGUAGAUGAUGACCAGCCUGUUCCGGCGCAGCGCCAGCAGUAAUGGCAGUCACGGCUCGAGGGCUUCUAGCAAUGGAGGAUCUGAGCUCAAUAGCAACAGCAAGUCUUCUCGACAGCACGUCCGACGGCUAGAGUUCAACCAGGCCAUGGACGACUUUAAGACCAUGUUUCCGAGCAUGGACCACGAGGUGAUCGAGUGUGUCCUGAGGGCCAACAAUGGUGCUGUGGACUCCACCAUCGACCAGCUCCUGCAGAUGAGUUUGGACGGACAAGGCACGGACGACAGCUCUGACUCGGAGGACAGCAUUCCCCCGGAGAUCUUAGAAAGGACGUUAGAGCCGGACAGCUCGGAUGAAGAACCCCCACCUGUCUACUCUCCACCCUCCUACGAGAUGCACAUCUAUGACAGGAAGCACCCGGCCGACGUGCUGCCGUUCCCUCCUCCCAGGUUUGAUGCCAAUCCUCCGACCGGGCUUCGUCAAGUCGGAAGCUACAGGAACUGGAAUCCUCCGUUACUAGGCAACCUCCCGGAUGACUUCCUGCGGAUCUUGCCCCAGCAGCUCGACAGUCUGCAGCGUUCUCAGAGCAGCCUGUCCCAGCCUUCGUCGUCGUCAUCAUCCUCGUUGUCCUCUCUGACGCAGUACUCGGAGCAGGACAGGAAACUGAAGCAGUACCUGGAGGACGAGCGUAUCGCCCUUUUCCUGCAGAACGAGGAGUUCAUGAGGGAGCUGCAGCGCAACCGUGACUUCCUCAUAGCCCUGGAGAGAGGUGAUCACACUGCAUCAAGCUCUGAGGAAGCCUGUACCUCCAUCUCAGAUGAUGCCUUGUUCCGUGACAAACUGAAGCACAUGGGAAAAUCUACAAGGAAGAAGCUUUUUGAAAUCGCCAAAUCGUUCUCUGAGAAAACCCGUCGGAGGAAGACCAAAAAAAGGGCUCUCCUCAAACAUCACCCACUCGCCGCUGCAGCCUCCACUGCCAACCUUCUGGAGGAUGUAGAGGGACUUCCAGCAGAAGAUGGAGGCAAACUCAGGAGAUCCAGCGCUCAGGAAACGGACGAGUCCAACAAAGAAGUGGCGUCAUGACUUUUUCCUCAUGUCCUGCUCCUGCUCUUCUCCUGAUGGUGGGACGAGCCUCACUUCGAUCCCACCCUUUUGACCUCUUGAUCGGCCUGCGGUGAGUCCGUGUGGGCUGCGGAGCUGCGUCCUCGCCGUGCGUCCUGGUCUGGAAGGCACUUAGGUUCAGAACCUGGAAAUCUGGAAAAGUUUUAUUUAUUUAUUUAUUUAUUUGUUUGUUUUUGUUUGUUUGUUUAUUUUCUUGGGGCUUGUUCAUUCAAAUCGUCACAUGUAUUAUCAUUAUCAGACCUAUUAAUAUGAUCAUCAUCGAAUAUCAUGGUGGAGUUGGGGAUGUUCAGAGGGACUCAGGACUCCACACACAAGCACAAACUCCACCGUGUUCAACACAGCAUCUGUUUUCAGCCGCUUCCUGUCUGACAUCUUGUAGCCGUGUGUCUUAUCUCGACCACCUCCUCUACACCUCCUUCGUCGGAUCCCCAGUUCCAACUUACCGGUGAUGCGUAAAGCUGAAUGUUUUCCACUUGAAUCUUUCCAGAUGACCAGAGAUGCGUCACUGUGUACGUCGCUGUCUGUCAUUCGUCUUUGCGUCGCACUUUACCGUGCAGGAUGCUGCCUGUUUGUACAGAUCACUGACUUUGAUCCAUUUUACUCUUUCUUACUUACAUCAAAUUAAACUAAAUUCAAUUCAAUUCAAUUAAACGACUCUUUAAAAAGCAAUUCAGCAUCUCUGUCUUUUUUCCCCUUCUCCAGUGCCAAAUGAUAAUCAUUGUGAUGAGUCAUUUCCAGGAAGUAAGCAGAUGCAUGUUGUUUUUGUACUUAAUGUCCUGCUGCUCCGAAUCCGAC